AUGGCGGCCAUACAAACGAGAAUUUUGGAGCUCCAGCAGGACCCGGAACGUGCAAAGAGAUCAGAGCGCAAGGCCGGUCAGAAGAACCUUGAGGCGGCCGAGAAGUUCUCUUCGGUGAACUUCGAGUUCAGGUACCUCAACCACAUGGGUGCGGGCUACCGAGAGCAACCUGGACAGAAGACAGCCACAGAGAUCGAGCUCGACAGACUGAAGAGUAUCAUGCAUGAUGCGGAGAGCUACUGGCUGGCCACUCAGAGAAAAUCCAAAGGCAUCCAUGCUGUCGCACUUGAACGGACCAAGCAGAACAAUGAGGAGAUUGAAAGAGAGGCGGAAGAUGAACGCUGCCGCACCGAGGAGAUGCAUCGACAGAGGCGCGAAGAGAAGCGCAAGCGUUACCAGGCGGCGCGUGCGGAGCGCAAAGUCCGGGAGCAAGAAGCACAGAAGCGUGCGACCGCCGCGAAGGAGGAAGAAGAGGCCAAGGCGAGGGAGCGGAGACGUCGCUUUGAGUCCGGGAGCAAGUGGGAAGAGUACACUAAUGCUCAAAACCGUCAGCGCGAGGAGAACCGCCGAUCGAAUUUUCACCCUUAUCUGCCCGAACCAGUCGUUUUCACAACUCGAGUCCCACGACGGGAUCCAAACGCAGCCGCGAAAUGGCGAGUCGCCACGGAAGAUUUUUCACGGCACCUCAACAGGACUUCCCUGAACCACCCUGGCAAGGCGGCUGUCAGAUGGUCAAAUGCCGCAGUGAGACUCGCGCUCUUCUAG